AUGUCGGCCUUGUUGCUGGCGCCUUUGGUGCAAGGCCAGCUGUUCCGGGCACUGCAGGUCCCAGUGCCGCACACUGCCCGGCGGGUGACCAUUCUUGAAGGCUCCCAAAAGCCUUGUGACACUGAUGAUGGCCGUCCAGACCUCACGACUUGGAUCCCUGAGUGCUCCUUCUACGAGAACCUCCCCUGCUCUUGUCACCACGUGCUGCACCACCGGCCCGAUGGCAGCUUCGCGCCGGGCUUCGGCAGGCUAUGGAGUCGGCCUGGCAUCGAGUUGUUCUUGCAAAGCCAGCGGCGCAUCUGGCUUGGAAGGCUGGAAUACUACUGGCGCACCAGCAGCUGGCAUGGCUACAAGGACUCCCUAGACACGUCGCACUACAUCAUGGGCAAGCACUUCCAGUACUUUGAGCAGCGCUGUGAGUUGGACGCCAAGUGCAGCCUGAGCUAUGCCUUCAAUUGCCUGUUGGCCUUCGUCUUCAGCCUCCGGACCUUUCAGGGCAGCAAUCUUGAAGAGUACAAGACGAUCCUGUCUUCUUACAAGGCCUUCUUGGAUCUCCUCACGCGGAAUUUGGCAGGCUGGAGCCGCGCCCCCUGGAAGCUGCUGCUGAAAGAGGAGGAGCUGAGUGAAGCUUUCCUCUGGGCAGCAAGGCGGCUAGAAGGAUUCCUGCUGCCAAACGCCGAUGAGCACUGGAAGGCGCAGACGGAGUACGUGCAAGCCUUGGACUGGAGCCUUCGCCUGGCUUGUGAGGAGGAUCGCAGUCACGAGGGGCGACAAAGAGUACAGAACGUCGGCAGGCAUGUCCAGACAUUGCUACAAUCGCGGGUAGAGCCAGAAGAGCUUCUGCAGAUGGCGCAGGCAGCGCUUGGACAGGAGGAUGAUGUGGACAGGGAUGAGCCGUGCAAUGGUGUGCACCCCGCACUUCAGUUGUUGAUCUUCAUGCGCAUUGUGUCACCGCUGCUGCCACGGCUACCGAAAGAACAGAUGUGGCCUCAGCUCACUCUCCAGCCGAAGCCUUCGCCGGUCUAUCGCUUUUGCGUGCCCCUGCCUUCAAGGCGUGUGGGCCGUGCAGAGCUGCUCUUCCUAGGGUCAGACCUGGUGCGCGUGGGCGAGGCCUGGAUACUCGAGCUGUUGUGGCUCAGCACCGCUGAUGACGGCUGCGUUAUGAUGGGCGGCACGGAGGAAGGAGCUCAUGCAAAAGCGUACUACUUCUAUACCCAGACGCUGCCCCACUCACACCUUCAAGACUGGCAGUGCUCCUUCCGAGUCGGCGCAUCCCAGCAGAUGAAGGCCCCGGGAGAAAACAGCUUCACAGCCUCCUUCUCUGGCUUCGACAGCGUCACCAGCUGCCGUGUGCCUCAGGAGCUGUCACCCCUGCUGGACGGGCUGCCUGAGAUCGAGGUGGAGUUGAGUGGCGACUCUGGGUGGCAGCCCGAACCCUUACGACUGUGCCCGCAGCCAAGGCUGCACCGGCGCAUUACCGUUUGCUCCUCCAUGCCUUGGUUCGCAGCCAUGCGCAUGCACAAGAUCAUGCCCUUCGUCGUGGAGGAUUGGCUGAACUACCACUCCAUCAUUGGAAUCGACCAUUUCGUCAUCUAUGACGCUGACGGCUCCUACGAGCCCUUCUUGCAGAAGUUCAUUCAACAGGGUCGCGUGACCUACCACCCAAAGUGGCCAGAGACACUUCUGCCAACCUUCGGCACCCUGGCAGAUGAAGUGUCGCAGGAGUAUCGUCGUCCUGUUGCAGUAGAACCACAAUGUCUGGAUCACUGCAUUUGGCAGCAGAAGCAUCAGAGUGACUGGGUCUUGGUGCUGCAUAACUUUGAGGAGUAUUUGUCUUCGCCUCUCUUCCCAGAAAAGCUGCAGAAGAAGAAGGGCUCCGCAUUGCUGUCGCUUCUGGAGGACUGGUCAGAUGAGGCUGAAAGCAACAUCGGGGUAUUCGACUUAUUCCAGGAGGUGAUGGGCGGACCGAAACGCAGGGGUGCCACAACUCUGUCCAAGUGGACACGGAAGCGCCCUGCGGCAGAGCCCAGCCUUGGCAGGUCUGAGAAUCACCAGCGCAGCUUCUCCUUCAUCGCAGAUCCUGUGCAGGUGCUGCAGAGUGCGGUCCACAUUGCGCAACCCAAGUAUGCCAGCACGGUGAUGUCCACAGUGCAUGCGGAGCGUCUCUGUGUGAAGCACUAUGUGGAUUUGGGGAGCAACAAGUCACGUUGCGAGGAAGAGGGCUAUGGCUGCCACGAAGAGGAUACGUCCAUGCUCUGGGCAGAGCCGUUGGUGCUUGCCAUGCGCGGCCCGCGAGAUGUUUCUGGGUGCAUGGAGUCCAUAGGCGUGACAUCCUACAAGAUGCCCAUUCUGCUGGUUGAGAAAUAUGGCGGCCACGUGCCAAACUACCGAGCGAGGGGCGAGCAGCACUACCGCAUUCCCUUCAAGGACAAGUCCCACCUCAUCGACGUGCAGCCCCAUCAGGAGUGGACCAAGGUGCCGAAGCACCGCACCCUGAACGAGCUGAAAGCAGCGCGCCGGCAAGCUCGUUUGCCGGAUGCCUCGAUGGACAUUGAUGGUGAUGGCGUUGUGGGCCCAACCGACUACUUUGUGGCAAAGGUCUUCAGCAAGGAGCAAGACAACCGGCUCACCACGGCGGAGAGAGGCAAAGUGGUGGAAGCCUUGGAAAGCGGCUUCCUGGAUCGAUACGCUUGGGGCUAUGACCAGGUGGGCGCACAGCGGAAGAACGUUGUGAAGCAAAUACGAGGAAAGAUCUACAACGGCGACAACCAUCAAGAGCUAGCUCAUGUCUAUCCGCCCCACUUCAACGCACACAAGGUACCGCGCUUUUGGACAGCCAGCGAGAUGAAGAUGAGCCGCAAGGCCGAGAUCGCCAAUGAGGCGACCGCCAUGAAAGAGGAGCACGAGGCCAAGCACCCCUGGCACAUCACCGAGCCGCAGGUGCUGCAGGAGAACCUACUGGAGAACCCGGGCUUCAGCAGCCGGCGGCAGCAGGCCGUGGCAAAGCGUCAGGAGGCCCGACUUCGCGGGGGCCUGGAUGCGGAUUCCUCGGUGGACCUGCCGCGCACAGUGCCGGGCCUGGCCUACGUGGAGGUGCCUGAGGCGCGCACGCACCGGGAGCUCAAGACGCAGCGGAAGCAGCGAGACCUGGCGAGUCUGGCCGUGGCGCACCAGGAGGGCUCUGCCAGCUAUGUGGCGCCGGAGGUACGGCACACGCAAGCGGAGUACGAGGAGCAUGAGGCGCGGCGCGCAGAUCCCGGAGCGGCCACCUUCACCAAGCUCCAUGAUGCGCGGAAGCGCGAGUUCAUCGAGUACAAUAUGCAACACUUUCCUCAUCGUCACAAGCAGCUGCCCAUGUUUUGCAAGCAGGACCAGCACUGGUGGAAGCUCCGAGAGACCUUUGUUGCCGAGCCCGGCGUGGCAGGCAAGGCGGAAGCUCCCGUAGCUGGCAAGAUCACGGAGAGCCGCUUCGAGAAGGAUAGCGGCCCAAGCGAGGACUUACCAGCUGGCCAAAAUUGGCAGGGCGGCACGGUCUAUGGUAUCGAUGGUCGCCUGGAGCGCGUGCCCCGCUGGACCCAGCACUUCUUGCCGAAAGGUUUGAUGGCCAGAGUUCCUCGUCACUUCGACAAACUCUUUGAAGGUGCCGAUGGAGUAGACAAUGGGGUGAAGCAAGCGCCCAGUCUCAGCGUGGACACUGCUCCUUUGGAGUCUUUCUCCUCCUUCCGCAUCAUCCGGGAGUCUGCGAGCCACGACCCCCUGUCUCAGAACUCCGGCUCGCUGGCAUCCGAAAAGAGCUCCACAAAGCCUCUGAAGGAGUCCUCGGCGAUGCAUACAUUGGAGCGGGCAGGCACAACUUACUCCCACAAGAGCGCUAGCCGCACAAGUCGCUCUGCCUCCAUUUCGGCACCCUUCAGGCGCCUUGCACGGAGGCCGAGCGCUGAGCAGAACCUGGUCAUGAGCCCUGUGUUGGAGGACUUGCCAAUGACAGCACGCGUGAGGCGCAAGCCGGAGGUGCAUAAGACGGAGAGCCGAGGUGCUUCGAAGAGCCGCAGCGGCACGCCGGGGCCAGACGCGCCAGAUAAACCCCAGGACAUCAUGGUCCGCACCGGGGGUUUCCAGUGGCUGGACAAGCAGAAGCCCGACGCGGCCUUGGCGUCUGGAGCUCCGGCACUAGAAGAGCCCAAGUAG